UGUCAAUUGUUUUGUACGAGAUUGGUUGGUUUAUAAACGAUACGGCUUCGGCUGUUUUUUAUUUAUUAUAAAUACUCCAAACAUUUUCGCUAUUUAUCUUGUUAUACCAAAAACCGAUGUCAGAAACUUCUUUACAAGGAAAUCAAGCUCCUAAAGAAGACCAACCUCCAUCAAAAAUACCCGAAUCCGUUAAGAAAAUAAUAUCAAUGGAAAAAGAAAAUGAUACGAAUGCUAGUCGAAAAUCACGGAUUGAUCUCAACGCACUGCCGACCCGUCAGUAUUUGGACCAAACUGUAGUUCCUAUAUUACUACAAGGUUUAUCAGCUCUUGCCAAAGAAAGGCCACCAGACCCCAUCAAUUACCUAGCAGCUUAUUUAUUAAAGAAUAAAAACACCUUUGAUAAUAAUAAUGCUAAUGCAAAUAAUAAUCCACCACAAAACCCACAAACUUAGUUUAUUAGUACAAUAAAUUAUAGGAAACUUUGUGCAUACCUAUAUCAGUGUAUAAUAAUCCGUAGAAAUUGUAUAUUAAAGUACAAAAAUUUCAUGUUAUUUAUAUAUAAGGAUGCUGAUAUAAGUAUGGUUCAAAUGUCUUAGUAUCUUACCGAUUGUGGUCUUUAAGAUUGAAUUAUCUUUGUAAAUAUUUCACUCUUUAGUAAUCUAUGUGUUCUGACUUCUUUAGAAUAUGAAUAAAAUAAGCCUAGUUUACAUAAUAAGGAUGUUUAUGUUGAAACAGGUAUGUUUUACAUUAUUUUCACCAAUUAAUAAUAUUGAAAACCAAAUGGAUACACAACCAGUUCAAAAUGAUUAAAAAUAUUUUCUAGAGUAAUAGCAGUUUAUACUACAGGCCCAAAAUGACAUUAAAAUAUUUCAGUGUUGGUAAAAUGGCACAAAUUUGAUAAAAGGCUUUAUGUCAAUAUUUUACUUUAAACGUUCAUACUAUGCAGAAGACAUAACCCCAUAUUAUCCUUUACCAUUUCAACAAAACGACAUAUUUUUAUACAAAUAAUAAUAAAAAUAUAGCUGACAAGAAACUUCUUUCUAAAUAUUGUAUAAAACAUACAUAAUACAGCUUCGAUGUUUUUGUUGGUCAUAUAAAUGAAAAAGUAUAUGGUUUUCUUCUUAAUAAAGGGAAUUUGUUUAAUAAAAUUCUUGCACAAUGUAAUGGACAGUUCAAAUUACUGACUUAUUAAAAAUGUUUCAUUUGUUACUAGCAAGUAAAUAGGCAAUUAUUAUUAUAUUGCGUUUUAAAAUUGAAAUAAAGA